AUGGCCACCAUUGCCCUGGCAUUGUCCAGCGCUGACGCGACCAUAAAAUCAGUUUGCAAGGCAGCAUCCGAAAAGGAUUCGCGUGUCAACUAUGAAUUCUGUGUGUCUGCGUUGUUACAACACGGCCCAGCACCAAAGGAAGACACUUGGGUUGUGGCAAAGCAGGCGACAGAUAUAGGUAUCGGCAAUGCUGAGCUAGCCGUCACAGAUAUCGAGGGCCUACUAGCGAAGCCAGAAACAAAUGCCAAGACGAAGGCGGCGCUCGAACAAUGCGACGGGUUAUACCAUAGCAUUUUGUUUGCGUUCGCCCACGCCAAUGAAAAGAUCAACGCACGCAAUUAUACCGGGGGCAAGGAGGAGGCAGCAAAGUCCAUCCCUCUAGCACACCAGUGCGAUGACCUCUUUGCGAAGGCCGAUGUUCCGUCGCCUCUCACCCAACGUAGCGUCUUUUCUGUAAAGAUAGCCAUAGUUUGCAUGGUUAUCACCGACCUUAUAGAGCGAUGAAUAAUGAGGUAGAUCAAAACCAUGGGCGU